AUGAGAUAUGAAGUCCGGGAGCGUAGAAGAUGGCAAACACAUGGGAAGAUCCUACGGAUUUUGCCCGGCUUUUCAUGGAAAAAUCCCGCAAAGCGUGUGAAUAAGUGGGCCGAUGAGAAACGAGGGCCAUUGGAUUUCAAAAUCCAUCCGGCUUUCCAUGUGAGUAUGCUCAAGCCAUAUCAUGGAGACGUCGAGGACAAACAUCGUGGAGUGUCGUCUCAAGCACCACCAAUUAUGACGAAGUCUUACGACAAAGAGAUUGAGGAAGUACUCUCGUCAAAAGUGGUUCGGAAAUGUGGUGUUCCCCGGCGAACACACUUCCUCAUCAAAUGGAAGGGUUUACCAGAAGCAGAGGCUUCAUGA